UUGAGGAUUAUCUGCUGGCAUAAAAUUAUUCAAUUUGGCAAAAAUGCUGCAAUAGUUAAAGCUGUUUAAGUUGCUGAUUAUAGGGACACAUUAUGUUAGCACGGUUAUGAGUUCGGGUGUUGUUGAGUCAAAGAUAUUCUCAGUUGUUCGUGUCACGCUACUAUCACGCCUAUACCUCUGACGUGAUUCAAAUACGUGUUUAAAAAGUGUUUAAUUAAAAUCCAAAAUGCAAAGGGUUCGAGAAACUUUGUGUCAUAUUUUAUGAUAACAUAAACUUUUAAGAUAAUUGACAAGUGAAAAUAAGUGUUAUUUAACAUUCUCCGAUUGAGCUGCGAGGCACUAACCUCAGAUACGAAAUACGCAUGGAAAGGGUGACCCUCGAUGGAUUGCAUGAAUUAGUUUAAGCACCUGCACGCAUACCGUUUCCUGAUUUGCGUGCGAACCAUACAAACUCGUGUCCUACCAACACCAAAUCAUAAGCUAUCCCCAGCAAGCAACAGUAAACAGCAUGAUGCAGCUUGGAAAAUUGUAUUCUAACGAAAACAGCUCACGAAAAACAAGAGACCGUUCGCUAUGGUGAGAUGGUUCACAUUCAUGCAUUUGUUGGAUCACCAUCUGGAUAACAUUCGGUUCUCUCGAUGUGCCCCAACCAGAUGCUCGCUGAGUAGAUUGGACUAGUAAACGGUUGAAUUUUGGAGGGAUCGAACGUUUGAGCGUGUUUUGAGAAUGGAACCAUCUCUCUGUGACGGUUAGACUAUUGUAGUUAACAAACCGCCUGAACGGUGCGGUGGUGGGUGGUAUCCGCCUGUUUCAUCCCACAUCGACCGGGUGGAGCGGAUGGGAAGCCAAGCAGGAGCCGCCGAUUCGUGAGCGAGAGAACCAGUCAGUGUCACCAGUACCAUGCCAGUCAGUGGCGAGUAGAAGUGCGCGUGAAAGCAGGUCGUGCAAGCAAAAAGUGAGGCAAAUUUUUGACUAAGUUUUUUCACCUUCUUUCUCUACUAUCGCCUCAGUUUUUCGUCUAUCCACUUUGGAUCCUUAUACUACGACAAACGGUGGCAGUUUAGCGUGAUUUUAGAGGCGUUGUUGACGACUUAAUCCAAGAAGUAAAACAAGUGCUGGAAUGUGAGAAUCUCGUUGACAAAACACCGAAAUUAAGCGAAAAGUGUUCCAAAGGGUAUCAUUUUCAUCACAAUUUAAGGAAUAGAGAAAUAUCUUCGACACAACUGUCCUCAAGUUUACAAAAACCUUUUAAAAUGUCAUCGAUGAAUAGGUGGAUGUUGGAAGAAAUUUAUCUAAAAUAGUUGAACAAACAAAAAUCUGUGUACCAUUCGUGCGAGGAAAAAAAAGAUGGAUUGCAUGUUGGAUUUUCCAUGAUGGAUGUGUAGAAGCACGCAUCAUUCGGAGGGAGAGUGAAUGAAAAGUAAAACGACAAUUCGGGAGUGGAGAAUCAUUGGGCGAUAUGAAACCAAAGUUCUAGACUGCAAUAAACAGAAACAGUGCAGUACGACAAGAAGACGAUGGUAACGAUGACUACGGAGAUUGAUAAAGACAAGGCAGUUUCUAUUGGUGUGGCGAAAAAAAUGGCAUCCACGGAAAAAGACAAAGACAAAGAUCGGGAAAAGGAUAAGGAAAAAGAUAAGGAUAAGGAGAAGGAAAAGGAUAAGGAUAAAAACGUGAUCAGUACAGCAAAUGCAAAUAACUGUAAACCUGGGAUCAGUGGGGUUCCAAGUGGUAGUCGGACUGCCCAGUCGCACAGUUCGCAAGCUACUAUGAACCAGGAUGCGCCAAAUAUUUUAGUUUAUAAGAAGAUGGAAGCGAUUGUGGAACGCAUGCAAAGCGAAGAGGGUGGCGUUUCGGUGCGUACUAUCAAAGCAUUUAUGAGUAAAGUACCGUCCGUUUUCACUGGUGCCGAUUUGAUUGCGUGGAUCAUGAAAAACUUGAGCAUCGAUGACGUGGCUGAAGCGUUGCACAUAGCGCAUCUCCUGGCGUCCCACGGGUAUCUGUUUCCUAUCGAUGAUCACCAACUAACGGUUAAGAAUGAUGGGACAUUCUAUCGCUUUCAAACACCGUACUUUUGGCCUUCGAACUGCUGGGAACCGGAAAACACAGAUUAUGCAGUGUACCUUUGUAAGCGAACGAUGCAGAACAAGACACGCUUGGAGCUGGCCGAUUAUGAGGCGGAAAAUUUAGCCAAACUACAGAAAAUGUUCUCCCGAAAGUGGGAGUUUAUCUUUAUGCAAGCGGAAGCUCAAAGCAAGGUGGACAAGAAGCGCGAUAAGCUGGAGCGGAAGGUGCUUGAUUCGCAGGAACGUGCGUUCUGGGAUGUUCACCGUCCGAUGCCAGGCUGCGUGAACACUACCGAGGUCGAUAUUAAGAAGGCGUACCGUCGUGGGGCCUCCACUCAUGGUUCCGGUUCGUCCGGCGCGGCCGUCAAUAGCAAUCCAAUCGAGCAACUCACUAGACAAAUUAAGCUCUUGAAACUCAAGUUAGAACGUAGAACUAUUAAGAUCUCCAAGGUUGCCGAAUCUUAUAUAUCAUACUUUGAACAGUAUCAUGAAUAUGAUUACUUUCUUACGACACCGGAUCAACCAAAUCCAUGGAUCACCGACAAUAUUGAAAUGUGGGAUGCUGAUCGAACUGCCAAAGACGUAUCUCUAAAACGUGUGAAGCGAUGGGGCUUUAGCUUACGUGAACUUCUGAUCGAUUCGGUUGGAAGAGAUCAAUUUUCCAAAUUUCUGGACAAAGAAUUUAGCGGCGAAAAUCUGAAAUUCUGGGAAUCAGUUCAAAGCAUGAAGGCUCAACCGCAAUCGAAGGUGAAAGAAUCCGCGCACGCUAUCUAUCUCGAGUUCCUGGCUCCCGAUGCACCCUGUCCGGUGAAUGUAGACUCGAAAUCGAUGGAGUUGGCACGAGAAGCGGUUAGCAGUUCAGCACCUCCGAACCGGUGGUGCUUCGAUGUGGCCGCCGCACAUGUCUAUCAUCUGAUGAAGAGUGACUCCUACUCGCGGUAUCUUCGAUCCGAUAUGUACAAGGAAUAUCUGAGCGGGUCCAAGAAGAAAAAUAAAUCGAUACCGAACUUGUUCGGUGUUAAACGUUAGACAGUCACUCAUCCGAAGUUGAAACAGUUUAGCUGGACGAAGGCGACGUCUCAUGUUGGAUCCAACGAUUAAUCCGACCGUUUGUGAUCAGGUUACACCAAACAAACGCCCAUUGGAUUGUACCAAAGGUCUUUAGUAGCCGAUAAGCAGUCAAGACAUUGUGUGAAAUCAAAACCAAAUCAAGGAAGCAUAAGGAAUUGUUUAAUAUACUACAAACGUUAGUGUGAUUAACUAGAGUCUCUGCUCUAGGAUGGAGCAAACAUGUGUAUUAAAAUUUAUUCAUGAUAAUGUUAUUCAAGGAAAAAAGCCAUAAUGAAACGGACAAACGCGAGAAUAUUCUGCAGAAAUAGACGAUCCAAUGAAUUUUAGGUAUAUUAUUAAGAAUCUGAAAGAAAUAUAUACAUACUAUUAUAUAGAUGACAAAUUGUCACGAGAAA